AUGAAGUCGGCCUGCAGACCCCAGGGCCCUCCGGCGGGAGCGCGCGGCGCGGCCCCGUGCGCGGGCGCAGCGGAGCGCGGGCCCCCGUGCGCGGGGCCCGGGCGGCUGGAGAGCGCGGCGCGCAGGCGCCUGGCGGCCAACGCGCGCGAGCGGCGCCGCAUGCAGGGGCUGAACACGGCGUUCGACCGGCUGCGCCGGGUGGUGCCUCAGUGGGGCCAGGACAAGAAGCUGUCCAAGUACGAGACGCUGCAGAUGGCGCUCAGCUACAUCGUGGCGCUCACCCGCAUCCUAGCCGAAGCCGAGCGGGACUGGGUGGGGCUGCGCUGCGAGCAGCGGGGCCGUGAUCACCCCUACCUCCCAUUCCCGGGUGCCAGGCUCCAGGUUUCAUGAGUUGGACAUGGUGGAUGACUUUGGACUGCUGUGAAAAUAAGGCUCCGUCCCUUUUAGCCUAAGACACGAGAGUUGGGGUCUAACUGAGUUGGUAGGGGGCUUGUCUUGCAUGUAUAAAAGCCGUGGGUUCCAGCCCCAACUGCUGCAUAGACAGAAUACGGUGAUGUACGACCUGUAAUCCUAGAAUCAUUUAGGAGGUGGUGAAAUAUAUAUAUAUAUAUAUAUA